AUGGCUUCAUCGCCGGCAGUCGGCCUCUCUGAAGAGAACGGCCGUGACCAUAGCCACCAGCAGCACGUAGGGGACAAGCUCAAGCUCCCCUUCCACGGGCUAAAGGACAAGACCCAUCAUAAUACACCCUUACACAAUGCCAAAGUCCACUUGAUCCACCAGAAACACAAGAUUGGCAAGUUUGCAAACUUGUUCAAUCCCCGACACCGCCAUGACGAGGAGAAUGAGAAGGCUUGCGACGAGAAGCGAAGCAAGAUUGCCGAAUCCCAUCGGUUCCAGUCUUACUUCCCCGAGCGUGAGGGGAAUCUGGUGAAGUGGUAUGUAGACGGCCGAGACUACUUUUGGGCCGUGUCAGUCGCUCUGGAGAGGGCCAAGGAGACCAUUUACAUCGCCGACUGGUGGCUCUCACCAGAGCUGUUUCUUCGGCGCCCUCCCUACUACAACCAGGAAUGGCGGUUGGAUCAGGUGCUCAAACGCCGAGCAGAGGCAGGAGUCAAAAUCUACGUCAUCGUCUACCGAGAGGUUGAAGCCGCUCUCACCUGCAAUUCGGAGCAUACCAAGCACGCCCUCCAAGGUCUCUGCCCGGAAGGCUCGCCCGGCUACGGCAACAUCAGGGUCAUGCGCCAUCCAGACCACAACGUCUUUGAAAAUGCUGCUGAUAUGACCUUUUACUGGGCUCAUCAUGAAAAGCUGAUUGUCAUUGACUACGAGAUGGCGUUCAUCGGCGGCUUGGAUCUCUGCUUCGGCCGCUGGGAUAACAAUCAACAUGCACUCUCUGACAUGCACCCCGAGGGCGUUGCCCACGAACUGUGGCCGGGCCAAGACUUCAAUAACAACCGUGUUAUGGAUUUUAAGAACGUGCAGGACUGGAAGCAGAAUGAGCUGAGCAAGACGGAUUCAGGACGCAUGCCCUGGCACGAUGUUGCCAUGGGCGUGAUCGGCCCCUGCGUUUACGAUAUUGCCGAGCACUUUGUGCUCCGGUGGAACUUCAUCAAGAGGGAUAAGUACAAGCGGGACGAGCGGUUUGAGUGGCUCGAGUUGAGGGGCCGCCAAGGUGAAGAUGAGGAUCUCGUCGGCGUCCAGAGACCGAGGCAUCCUGUUGGUGGAUAUUCGCUCCAUCCGCUAUCGCCCCUCGAGACUAAGAACUUGGAUAACCGAGGAACUGUCCGCGCGCAGGUCGUACGCUCUAGUGACGACUGGUCGAGCGGGAUCCUUACCGACCACUCGAUCCAGAAUGCGUACCACGAGAUAAUUCGCAACGCGAAGCACUACAUCUACCUUGAGAACCAAUUCUUCAUCACAGCAACUGGCGAGCAACAGAAGCCAAUCCAAAACACGGUCGGCAGAGCAAUAGUGGAUGCUGUAGUAGCCGCUGCAAAGGAGGGACGCAAGUUCCGCGUCAUUAUCCUCAUCCCCGCCGUACCGGGCUUCGCCGGAGACCUCCGCGAGGAUGGCGCGAUUGGGACCAGGGCCAUCAUGGAUUACCAGUACAAGUCGAUAUGCAGGGGAGAGCAUAGCAUAUUUGAACAGAUCAAGAAGGAGGGCGUCGACCCCACCAAGUACAUCUUCCUUUUCAAUCUGCGCAGCUAUGAUCGCCUCAACUGGACAUCGGCUGUACAGAAGCAAGAGCAGGAGUCGGGCGUUCAGUACAAGGACGUUCAGCGAGCGCAUGCCGAGGAGAUCAUGGGCGAGGGCAUCGACGGAGCCAUGGAAUCUGAGAAGAAACCCCACAAACACAUUGGCAAGCAACACAUUGGCAAGCGGCUCCACCAAAGCUCGCACCGCCAAACUGCAGACGGCGAACUGGCGGAGAACGUUGAUGAAGAACGCAUGCCCGAUGGCCGGCUGAAGGACACGGACGUCAAACGACGGUUCGAGGCGGCGCGGGAAAGUGAGAACGGCAGAGCCGACCCGGCUGCCAGCGUCGCGCACCACGCCAUGGCCGGCCAGGGUCCCGUGUCCGAAGUACCGUGGGGCGGCGAUCCCGAGGACGAAGUCAACCACUGGAUCCAGGAAGAGCUUUACAUCCACGCCAAAGUGCUUAUUGCCGACGACAGGGUUGUCAUUUGCGGCUCGAGCAACCUGAACGAUCGCAGCCAGCUGGGGUUCCACGACAGCGAGCUGAGCAUUGUCAUGGAGGACACGAAGCGCUUUCCCUCGACCAUGGACGGCCAGCCGUUCGAGGCCGGCUGGCACGCCGCCACGCUCAGACGGUACCUCUGGCGCGAACAUCUCGGCCUGCUGCCCCCGCAGGACCUGGAUGCCAGCAAUGACCCCAACGCCCAGCCGCCGGGCGAAGAAUCGCCCAACGAUGUGCGCGACAACGACGAGAGCUGGAAGAUUGUCGAGGACCCCGUCAGCGACGAGCUCUGGGAUAUGUGGACCUCCCGGGCCACGACGAACACGGAGGUGUUUAGGCAGCUGUUUCAUGCUGAUCCGGACGAUCACGUCAAGAACUUUGAGCAGUAUAACUGGUACAUGCCCAACAAGGGAGUCAAGGCCGGGCACAUCUUUGACCGCAUGAUCCCGCCGGACGAGGUCAGGCAGAAGCUGGACAAGAUCAAGGGGCAUCUGGUCUGGAUGCCGUUGCGGUUCCUUGAGGAGGCCAAUAUGGCCGAGAAGGGAAUGCAGAUUAACCAAUGGACUGAGAGUGUUUAUACUUAG